CUUGGGCCGUUGCUUUUGUACAGUGAUGCCGCAUGACGGUCGAUUCACUGGUCAUGAUCACAGCUGUGUUAAAGUCACAAGCUUGAUAUUUGAUGUUAAGGAUCCGGAUUUGCCAAUAUACUAGUACAAGCCCAUCGAUCGCCCCUAGGAACCCUUUGCCAAAAACUGUCACCUUGUAGAUCUGUUCUGUGCAAAAAUGCCAAAGCUUCCUGCCUUGGACCGCAUGUUCAUAACCGCAGCAUGGUUACAGUCUAUAAUUUAUGGAGUCAACUGCGUACUAUUUGGCGUAUGCAUGUACGCCAUAUUUCGCAAAAAAAGGGCACAUUGGAUUAUUCCUCUUUCAUGCAUCUACCACUUUUCAAUAGCGACAGUGCAUAACAUCAUUUCCCUUAUAUAUGCUCUGCGGGCCCUCACAAAUCCUGCUGUAAUAUCCGUCCCCGACGGAAGUACCUUGUACUUUGCCAGGGUUACAGUCUUGUCGAUGACGAUGAUUGGACUGUAUAUUUUCAAUGUUGUUAUUCUGCAUUUACUACUCAUCUGGAGGCUUUAUUUGGUUUGGGAUCAUAACUUGAUCCUUGCUAUUGCCAUGUUAAUUCUGGAAAUUGCACACUUCUCAACUGGCAUCGGGGCCUGGGCCAUGGCCAUACGGUUCGGUGUCGUCCUUACACGGGAUUCCGUGGCUUUGUUGAAAGCUGAUCUCGCGUUCAACAUCGUUCUCACUGUUUGUCUUACGUCUUUGAUCGCCUAUCGUCUUUGGCGCGCGGGAAAAGAUACGUUUGGUUUGACUGGCCAUAAUGCGUACAAACCUGCCGUAUACACUAUCAUUCAGUGCGGUGCAAUCUAUACCAGCAGCAUCGUGGUAGUAUGCGCUCUACACCUCUCCGGGAGCCGCGCUGGUGUCAUGGCAGACUACGUUGGUAUUCAGUUUGCCACCUUGACACCUCUUCUUCUCAUCGCCACUCUUAGCCUUGGUAUGAGGCUUGGAGAACGCGACGAGGCACAAGACAUUGUGGAACUCACUUUCGCUCAUCCAGUCCAGGUCAAUAUUGCCGAGGAGAUCCAUACCUGCCAUGACGACACCAUGGAUCCACGACCUAUCCGGCGGAAUCAGAGUUUGCCGACAUAUAGUGACACUGAAAAGGAACAUUAGCUAGGAUCAUCUCAUAGGUUUUUCUUUCCAGUGAGGGACGAAGGGUGGACAUGCCAAUAAGCAUGGAUUUAGCAGUGCUCGGUGUUGCACCGGUGUUUG